GAAGAAAGAUGGCGGAAGAAGAGCAAAGAAAAAGGAUUCCAUUGGUUCCAGAAAAUCUCCUGAAAAAGAGGAAGGCUUAUCAAGCCCUCAAAGCCACACAGGCAAAGCAGGAGCUUUUGGCCAAGAGGGAGAGGAAAAGAAAAGAAUUCAGGUUUAAGCGACUGGAGUCCUUUGUGCACAAUUCCUGGCGGCAGCGACGGGAUGCAGUCCGGCUCCGACGACUGAAAGUGAAACCUCGUGCCUUGGAAAUGCCAGACAAGCGUUCCUUGGCCUUUGUUGUACGGCUCCAAAGGAUUAACGGGGUGAGUUCACUGGUGGAGAGGACCAUUGCAAGACUUCGCCUGAAGAAACUGUUCAGUGGCGUCUUUGUCCAGGUCACCCCCCCAAACCUAAAACUGCUGCGGAUAGUGGAACCUUACGUGACCUGGGGAUUUCCAAAUCUGAAGUCUGUCCGGGAACUCAUCCUGAAACGUGGGCAAGCAAGGGUCAACAAUAAGAGCAUCCCUCUGACGGACAACACCGUGAUUGAGGAGCACCUGGGGAGAUUUGGUGUCAUCUGCUUGGAAGACCUCAUUCAUGAAAUUGCCUUCCCGGGGAAGUAUUUUCAGAAUAUUGCGAGGUUCCUGCGCCCUUUCCAGCUGUCAGUGGCCCGUCAUGCUAGCAAGAACAGAGUGGGCUUCCUCAAGGAGAUGGGCUCACCUGGCUAUCGGGGUGAACGCAUCAAUCAGCUCAUCCGCCAGCUGAACUAGACCCAGGAUAUCUGAAAAGAUGUUUUUUUGGAAUUAUUAU